AUGAAAAAACUAUCAUUUGCUCUACAAUCAUCAAAACCCCAAAAACCAUCAAUUAAGCCUUCUUCAUCUACACCAUCAUCAUCUAUUCAAAAACAAUUCGUUACAGAACUCGACCCAUCUAAAACCCUAUCCGACCCGAAUUCCCAAAACCCUAAUAUCAUUGCCCCAAUUUCCAACAACUGGCAGCCUUACAAAAAGCCCCUCGACCUCCCCCAUAAAUCCGAUGACCCCAAUCUUCAAUUCGAGACCUCUGAUUCGACCGUCGAACCCAUUGAUCCGAAUAUCGUAUACAGUCUCAAUCUUCGGGUUAAGAAGAACCCGAAUUCGGAUCAGGAUCAGGGUUUGAGAGAGAGUAAUGUGAAUUCGGGUUCUGGGAUGGAUAGUUUGAUGUUAAAUAGAUAUAGGAAUGAUAUAAGUAAGUUGCCUGAUGAUAGAGGGAUGGAUGAGUUUGUCGAUAUGCGGGUUGAGGAUUUCGGUGCUGCGUUAUUGAAAGGUUAUGGGUGGGUUGAAGGGAGAGGCAUUGGGAAGAAUGCUAAAGAGGAUGUUAAGGUUGUCGAGAUUUUGAAACGAACCGGGAAAGAAGGUUUAGGGUUUGUUAAUGAUAUGCCUAUGCCAAUGUCGAAAAAUGACAAGGAAAGUGUUCCAAAUGGCGUAAAACGAGAUGGGAAUGUUGGUAGUGGUGAUAUAAAUGGUAAAGAUAAAAACUUGAAUGUAAAUCAGAUUGAUAAGAAUGACGGUGAAAGGAAGGGUAGUGAUAGGAAGGUUAAUGAUUCGAGGAGGGAUCAUAAGGAUGAGAAUAAGGAUAAGAAAAGGAGUCGAGAUAGAUACGAAUAUGAAACACCGAAAAAAUCUUGGUUGAAUAGUCGGAUCAGGGUUAGGAUAAUUAGCAAAGAGUUAAAAGGUGGGAAGUUGUAUUUACAAAAGGGUGAGAUUGUGGAUGUUGUAGGGCCGUCUACGUGUGAUAUAUCGAUGGAUAGUAGUAGGGAGAUUGUACAAGGAGUUGAGCAGGACUUUCUCGAGACUGUGUUGCCACGAUGUGGGGGGCAUGUUCUUGUUUUGUAUGGUAGACAUAAGGGUGUGUAUAGGAGUUUACAGGAGAACGAUAUGGAUAAUGAGACUGCGGUUGUUCGUGAUGCAGAUACUCAUGCGUUGUUAAAUGUUAAGUUGGAGCAAAUUGCUGAGUAUGUUGGAGACCCUGAUGAUAUUGCAUACUGAUUGUUGCCAUGUUUCAGGCUGUUGCAUUGUGAUCAAAAUUGGUUGCCAAGUUGGUCAAAUGAAGCAUGAGAUAAGUAGAUAGCAUCUACCUUAAGACAUGUCUAAGUAAAGACUAUCAAUAAACUUGAUCCACAUUGUAGCUGUUUAAUUUGUCAAAUAAGUUUCAAUUCUUGAGAUGGAAAGUUUGGGAAAGGAAGAACCUUAAAGAAGCUGUUAAAGAAUGAAAAGGAACCCCGAGUCAAGGAACUAUACGAAAGUUAAGCUAAAUAAGGCUAAGUUUUUAUAUACGUUUGGGAAUCAUUUCAAUGACUAAUGAUUCGAUCAGAAGAUAGUUUUUGGUGGAGAUUGCAUGAAGUGAUUUUGAUUAGCUAUUGAGCUUCUUAUAGGUAAAUAGGUAAUAGACAGUUAGAUAUGGCAUUUCAGUGAGGUUUCUUAUACGUGUAUGAUAAUGACAAUAAGGGAGUAAAUCUUCAAAAUUGAUAAUGUUGGUCAAUAGAUACACACAUUGUGGUUGAAUUGGCUCAAAGCUUGAUCGGUGUAUAUGAUGAUUGCAAAGUUCCGUAUGAGCAAAAAUAAGUGUGUUUUAUAUGAAGUGACAUCGUUUGCUAAUAUUUUGUGGGGAGAUCAUUGGACCAACUAACAUUAAUGCUAUUAGAAAAGCAUGUAAGCUACUUAUGUUAGUAUGGUGUUGGUGCACACCAUGUUGUUACACAUUAGUUGUUGAUCUAGUUUGGUUCAUACUGAAUUGUGCCCUUACUGCUGAUUGCUAGAUCCUAACUGAUGAAUUGAUUCGGGUAUCGUCGAGGGCAAUAAUCAUCAAGCUUUCUAGAUCCCAAUCAUCGUAUGAGAGGAAGUUUUGCUUUGAUGGCUUGAACUCCACUUCUCUUAUUGUUAUAUAUCAGUUUAAUUUAUUUUCUGGAUCGUCUCUUUCUCUCUUCCUUUGUUUUCUAUUAUACCCUGCAAAUUUCCACAUACUUUCUAUUGUAUUCUUCAACAAUCAACAUUCAACAUGAUCAAAAUAUGUCUCUUUCUGAAA